AUGAAGACCAUUAUCGUUACUGGCGCUAACCGAGGAAUCGGUCGUGCAAUCUGCGACGUCGUCCUUGCCCAUCCUUCCCUUGCCACAACUCCCGUCACCCUCUAUGCCACAUCCCGGGCCGGCUCGGAUCUGGGCAUCCCCACUCAGCGGCCGGACCACAAGGUCCACUACGCCUCCCUAGAUAUCUCCAGCUCGGACAGUAUCUCCAAGUUCGAGCGGACUUUGGCAGACGCAAAGCAGCCGGUGGACGUCCUCAUCAAUAAUGCCGGGGUCAACCUCGACGACAAGCCGACCGCGGACAAUGCGGUCUCCACCCUGAACACCAACUACCGGGGGACACUGGCCAUGUGCCGCAUGAUUCUCCCUCACAUGCAGAAGGGAUCGCGGAUCGUCUCCCUCUCGUCGGUCGGGUCCAUGCUGAACGGGUAUUCGGACGAGCUGAAGAAGCGGUUCCGGACGGUCUCUACCCUCCCGGAGAUCGAGCAGCUGGCGGAGGAGUACUCGAAGGCGUUCAAGGACCAGAAGUUGAAGGAGGAGGGAUGGCCGGGUCCGGGCAAGUCGUAUAGCGUGUCCAAGGCGUUGAUUAAUGCCUUUACGCGGGUGUUGGCGGAGGAGAACAAGGGGAUCCAGAUCAACUGUUGUUGCCCUGGUUGGGUGGAGACGGAUAUGGGGAAAAUGGUCGGGAGCUCGCCGCCCAAGACGUUGGAGGAGGGCGCAAAGAUCCCAGUCAGGCUGGCGCUAGGGGAUGAUGGUGGUGUCACUGGCAUCUACUGGGCCAACGACAGUAUCAAGGACAGGGGAGAGGGCAAGGUGCAGGAGUGGUAG